AUGGCCCUCCGCCGCGCGUGGCCGCGGAUGACUGCCGCUCCCCAGGAGGCCGCCGCCGUCGACGCCCUGAUCCUCUUCACUCUGGUGGAUCCUGGCGUCAACUCCGCCCUUGUUGAGAAGUGCCGCGAGGCGAACGUCAGACAGUUCGACAUGUGGACGAAGCUGCUCGACGUGCUGGAGGACUACCUUGACGAGCGUCGCGCGGGGCGGCCCGGGCGGAAGCAGCGGGUCGACGAGCAGUACGACAAGAUGAUCGAGUGCAUCGAGUUCUCGAGGCAGGAGGACGACGGCGUCAACCCGAAGCGGUGGCACGAGGCGCACCUGCUGCUCCUGGGCCCGUCCAGGUCGGGCAAGACGCCGCUGUCGUUCUACCUGGCCCAGCGCGGCUACAAGGUCGCCAACUACCCACUGGUGCCCGGCGAGAGCCCGCCCAAAGAGCUGAUGGAGAUAGAGCAGAGCAAGAUCGUGGCCCUGACGAUCAACCCCCAGAGGCUAUCGGCGAUACGGUCUACCCGCAUGAAGGGGCUGAACAUGAAGGCGUCGUCAAACUACGCAGCUCUGAGCUCGCUCAAGAAGGAGUUGCAGUGGUGCCACGACCUCUACAGGAAGCACGGCUGGCCCGUCCUGGACACCACCGACGCGGGCAUCGAGGAGAACGCGGCCGAGAUCAUGCGGCUGAUGGACGCCCGCGCUGGCGGCCCCGUGAAGAACGCGGUCACCGAGUCCUACGGGAAGAUCAGCCCCUCUUGCAUGUGA